GCUAAAUACAAGCACGAGGAAUCAAGUCCCCGAACUUGAGCAAGCGCCUCCUCUCAUCCUUUGUAGAAAGAACCCCGCUUGAUUUAUCAAUCCGUGAGAUUCUGAUAAGCAGUCAAGUCCGCCUCCAUGUUCCCGAAGAGCAAUACGGCCGUGGUCGCCCUCCCUCCCUUGAACGUCCCCGAGUUGCGGAAGGCAACGACGACAAUCCAUCCAAGCCCUCCGAAUUCCCCGUCUCCAGCAACAUCUUUUGAGAAUUACAAGGCGAAGAAUGAGCUCAAGGAUGGCGCCGCAUCUAGAACUGAGCCCUCUAUACUUCUCACUCCGCCCACAAGUCCUCCCCGAAGUAUUUCAGAGUUGACGAACGAUGGCCAGCCAGCAGGGAACGCAGCCAAACUUGAUCCUGCUGCGUUAAAGUCUCUGCUUAGUCUCGAUACUGGACGAUGUGGAUGUCCUACAAAACAGAAGCAGCCUUGUAAGGUGAGAAUUGCGGAGGAGAAGAAGGCAAAGAUCGACAAGAUGAUCAAAUCAAUGCUCGGUUUCAUUCCCUCAUCUCCAGAGCUCGAGGGGGAGCUAGAAAAUCUGGCUGAGCUCGUGCACUGUUGGCACCAUGAUCACGGACAGUUCAUAAAAUCUCGUGCCGAGGAAUGGAUAGCCACCAUUCCUAUCGGAGAUCCCGGCAUCAAGCCUUUUCUGUCUCUAGACCGGCAAAUUAGAAAAGCUCUAGACGGAUUGUCUACCCAGUGCAUAUGGAAAACACAGGCGCAGGACAAUUGUUCCCGUGAAAUCGGAGGACAGAAGGCGCAGAACUGUACUAGCACCAUUAACGAGAUAGUCCAUUUGGCGACUUAUCUAGGUGACGACGAUGAUAUUGAGCACCUUCUCAAAGUUCUUGAACAUAAUAGGCUUUGCGAUCGCCAUGAUAGACAACCCCUCAAACAUGUGGAAUUGUGGAAAUCGAGGAUCAUGGAGAUUCACAGCAUAUGCCCUGAAGACACUCCACCGUCAGCUCCUCAAAACCGCGUGGUCCUGACGGCGAGGACCUCACGUUUUUCGACUCUAAGGCUGAAUAUAAACCCGGUUGAAUAUUGGCCCGCGGCAUAUGAUGUGAGUCCUUUCAGCAUUAUAGAGAGGAGCGAUAAACUCAACGACUACGAAUUGUCAUAUAACAGAAUUGCAGAGCAAGCUAGGAGUCCCUUGAAUGCGAAGUUGGGUGACUUGAAGCAUGGAUAUGUAUACAUGUAUGAGGUCGAAGGAAACGAUGGAUUCGUCAAAAUCGGAUAUACCAGUCGUACCACGGAUGAGCGUCAUGAGGAGUGGGCGUUUGCAUGCAAUCGAGCUCCUAAAUUGCUCUAUCCGGACUCAUCAAACCCGCAAAAAGUUCCAAAUGCCCGCCGCGUCGAGGCUUUGUGUCACGCGGAGCUACAUCAUCGACGGCUCAGAAUCUAUUGCACUGGUUGUUUGAAGCAGCACAUUGAAUGGUUUGAAAUUGCCCCUGUUGACGCCAUCGCAGUUAUCUCGAAAUGGUCAAACUGGAUGCUCGAUGGGAGCCAGCUUCACGGUCUGGCCCUCUGUGGUGCUUUUAUCUUAUUAAUGCCCACAGGUGUCGUCCUACUGCGCGUGGCUCCAGGGAGUGUCCGCUGCAAUUGGGUCAACCAGACCAUCGCCAGUGUCAUCGCCAUCAUCGGUGUCCUGAUUGGCCUCUGGCUGAGCACCAUGUACACGAAAUCGCAGUCAUUCAACUCAUCGCACCAGAUAAUCGGGAUUCUAAUUGCUAUUGCCAUGGUCGCCCAGUGGGGGUGGGAUUCUCGCACCGCCGGCCGUACAAGCUGCGACGAGCCCCGACCAACUACGGUGUACUCCACCGGUAUUUCGGGCACAUCGUGAUGUUCUUUACCAUUGUCAAUGGGGGUAUUGGGCUUAAGUGGUCCUCUGCAUCCACCGUUGCGAUUAUUGGAUACGCCAUCGCUGUGGCUAUUAUUUCCAUCCCGG